AUGGCGAAUUUUGUUGAAAUUACAGAUAAAGAAGCUCCGAUUUUAUCAGUGAAAACUUCUCCAUCUUUAGAGAUGACAAAUUUACAAGCUUGGAAUAUAUGCAAUGACAUAGUGACCUUGUGGAUCUUGAAUUCAUUGUCAAAGAAAAUCGCAGACAGUGUGAUUUACUCGAAAACUGUGAAAGAGAUAUGGAUAAGCUUGGAACACAGAUUUGGUCAGUCUAAUGGUGCAAAGUUGUAUCACAUACAAAAGGAGCUCAGCAGGUUAAUUCAAGGCACAUCUAACAUUGCAGGAUACUUCACCAAAUUAAAAAGAUUAUGGGAUGAACUGGAUUCUCUUAAUACUAAUGUCAAGUGCAACUGUGAUGAAAACCAAAGAGAAUCUUAUAUAAAUUCCACUGUUAGUCCUGAUUCAUAUGUCUUUAUGGUUGAAAAUUCACAUCAAUAUAGAGUCUCUAAACAUGAUUAG